UGGCACGUUAUUAGAUGAGCUUUGGAGUGGUACGCGCCUACCGCCUGCCUCGCGUAGAGCUUUGGGAGAACCUGGCGCUUCAGUUUUAUACCGACGGUCGGGGAGCGCGCUUGCGGAUGCGCGUCACCUGCUCUGACUCCGCACCGGCUGCGAGGCGCGCUCCCGGAGUGGCGACGCGCGGCCGCUGGAUGCUGUUGGCCGACUCCAGCGGCCAGCUCAGCAGAUCCCAUAGUGCUGCUGAUGCUCCGAAACAAAAGGCGCACCGGUAUGUUCGGACCCCGGUCAGCAGUCCAGCUCGUGCCCAGGCACAAAGGGCCGGGAUCGGAGUGGAGAAUGCCGGGAUUAACGGCGGAGCAGAGAGGCACCUCGGGGGGACACAGAAGGAGAUAACUGGCAGGUUUGUUUCUCUGUCCAUAAUCCCUCUCCCAUGGGCGCCAGCGUAUAAAAGGAAGAGACGCUCUCCGAGCCACACACACUCUGAGUGAGGCUCGGCGCAGGCAUCGCACACACAGACAGUAAACAUGUCCAGUGGAGAUAAGUCCAAGACUUCUUCCCAGACCGACGGGAAGGUUGCUCAGGGCAAGAAGUCUGAGAUGGGAAUGAUGUCCUAUAAGAUGUACGUGUUCGACCAGGAGAACUUCCAGGGUCGCAUGAUCGAGAUCAGCAACGAGUGCAUGAAUGUGUGUGAGAUGGGCAUGGACCGCGUGCGCUCCCUGCGCGUUGAGUGCGGACCCUUCGUGGGCUUUGAGCAGAUGAACUUCUGUGGUGAGAUGUACAUCCUGGAGAAGGGAGAGUAUCCUCGCUGGGACUCCUGGAGCAACUGCCAGAAGAAUGACUACCUGCUUUCCUUCAGGCCUGUCAGAAUGGAUCCCGAGAAGCACAAGAUCUGCCUGUACGAGGUUGGAGAGUUCAAGGGCCGCAAGAUGGAGAUCAUGGACGAUGACGUUCCCAGCCUGUUCUCCUACGGCUUCACAGACAGAGUGGGCAGCAUCAUUGUCAGCUGUGGAACCUGGGUGGGAUACCAGUUCCCUGGAUACCGUGGCAGCCAGUACCUGCUGGAGAAGGGAGACUACAGGCACUUCAAUGAGUAUGGCGCCCGCCAUCCUCAGUUCCAGUCCGUGAGGCGUAUCCGUGACAUGCAGUGGCACCAACAGGGCUGCUACACCAUGGCCAGCAAGUGAGGCUCAGGAAAGGAGAGAAAGAGAAAGAGCGGAUGUGAGGGAGAGGGGCGGAGGAAGAGGGAAAGGGGGAGAGAUGUCUGAGGCCUUACCUCAGUACCUUCAACAGUCUAUGACCUAAUAUAAUGAGGGGAAGGUGAGGAUUUAGAUCUGCCCCUGACUGGAGACAACACCUCAGUGGAAGGACCAGCGGGACCACCCUCCAUUCCUCUCUGUCUCUACUUUUCUCUUUCUCCCCUAUGGGCUGAGUUUUGCUUCCCUCCCCCUUUUCUCCCUUUUUUUUUUUUUAGUUCCUCACUUCAUUCCCCUCCGCAGUCCUCUGAAACACCAACGAAGGAACACGACUCCUCUGGCUGUUUUACACACUUGAUUCUCGGCUCAGGGUAUGAUGCACCAUGGGAAGUCCCUGGAGCCAACCCCCCCCUGCCCUCGACUUCUUGCCCCUGUGCUUUGCACACCUUCUCUGCUGUACAGAAUCCUGGCCAAGUUUUCAAUAAAAGAGAAAAUCUUGAUUUCAAAGAUGUUGUUGUUACUUAUUGCUAAAAAAACGACUUGAAUGAAAAUGUCAACGAAUAAAGCAGCUAAAU